AGUGUUCAAACGUUGAUGCAAUGCGGGAAGGAUUCACUUGAUGGCGCUGUGGGCCCGCAGCACCAGCAUUUUCUCACUCUGAUUGGUUGGGAUUGCAUACAUCACUACCGCCUCCCCUCCCUCUUUCUCUUCGGCCUCCGCCAUUGUGGGGAAAGGAUUGUAGACAAAAUGUCGUCCCACAAAACUUUCAGGAUCAAGCGCUUUCUCGCCAAGAAACAAAAGCAGAACAGGCCAAUCCCACAGUGGAUCAGAAUGAAGACUGGCAACAAGAUCAGGUACAACUCCAAGAGAAGACACUGGAGGAGGACCAAGCUGGGCUUGUAAAUGCACAGGUCUUCAGAUCUCCAGUGUCCACAGCAUUUACCACCUGCCAGGACCACUUCCUGCUGGUCCCUGACCUGGAGAGGGAGCCAUGCUAUCUGGAACAGCAAUCCUUUUGUACAGAUACUCUGGUUAUUAUUGUGUUCGACAAUAAAAGAUUUGUGAUAAAUCAGA